CACCGUCCACCGGUCCAUCAUUUGAGGGCCGCUGCGACGACAUUGGUCCCGUCGAUUUGUUGGAAAAUCAGAUCAUUCGAGAACUGUGCCCUUCCUUCUCAUCACUCAGGAUCAAGUGGUUUCGGCCUGAGGAUCUGACAAAGCAACACAGUCUUAUUGCUUUCGAAUAAAUACCACAGUGCUCCGGAUCACCACUUCCAAGAGCCAUCUAACCAAAAGUACUGUUUUCCCAGACGACAAUGCUCGCGAGAGUACCCAGAAGCCUACCCAGGCUAGCAGCCAGAAGACUUGUGCGGCCGACAGCGACGAGAACAUUUGUUGCCGCCAUGCCUCGUUUACACUCUUCCUUACCCUCCGUCGAACCUCCCGUUUCCACACAGCUCCCCACCGACUCGUUCCAAUUACUGUCCACCGAGGACAAGACCGGGGAUGCUGAAGAUGUGCUAUUCAAACAACAAGUCGAAGACGUCAAGAAAUGGUGGAGCUCUCCGCGGUACGAGGGGAUCAAGAGACCAUAUACCCCAGAAGACGUCGUGAGCAAGCGAGGAACAUUACAACAGACAUACCCAAGCUCGCUCAUGGCCAGAAAACUUUUCAAUUUGCUAAAUGAAAGAGCUGCCCAAGGCAAACCAGUUCACACCAUGGGUGCCAUCGACCCUGUUCAAAUGACCCAGCAAGCUCCCAACCAAGAAAUCUUGUACGUCUCUGGAUGGGCAUGCUCCUCCGUCCUCACCACUACCAACGAAGUGUCUGCCGAUUUUGGUGAUUAUCCUUACAACACCGUUCCCAACCAGGUCCAGAGACUGUUCAAGGCCCAGCAAUUACACGACCGGAAGCAUUUUGACAACCGACAGAAGAUGAGCGCCGAAGAACGAAAGACCACCCCAUACAUUGACUACAUGCGGCCAAUCGUGGCUGAUGGUGACACCGGCCAUGGUGGUCUCUCAGCCGUCAUCAAGCUAGCUAAGCUGUUUGCCGAAAACGGCGCUGCCGCCGUUCACUUUGAAGAUCAGCUCCAUGGAGGCAAGAAAUGUGGCCAUCUUGCUGGCAAGGUUCUAGUCCCCGUUGGAGACCACAUCAAUCGACUCGUGGCCGCAAGAUUCCAGUGGGAUUUGAUGGGCGCUGAGAACCUUAUCCUGGCUCGAACCGACUCCGAGAGUGGCAAACUACUGUCGAGCGCGGUUGACGUUCGCGACCAUGAGUUCAUCUUGGGAGUGACGGAAGACACUGAGCCUCUCGCCGAAGUGCUUCAAGAGAUGGAGCUGGGCGGUGCUGCAGGCCCCGAGAUUGACAAAUUUGAAUCUGCUUGGGUCAAGAACCACAAGCUCGUCACAUUCGAUGAGGCCGUCGAAGCACACAUAAAAUCAGAGGGCGGAGACGCUGCCGAGUAUCUGGCUCAGACCAAAGCCAAUCCCAACCUUUCCCUUACCAAACGUCGCGUCCUAUCUACCAAAUACACCAAGUCCCCAGUCACAUGGUCAGCCGACAUCCCUCGUACCAGAGAAGGAUUCUAUCACUACAAGGCUGGAAUCCCAGCAGCUACCAAGAGAGCUAUCGAGUUUGCCCCUUAUGCUGAUCUCCUGUGGCUCGAGACUGCUACUCCAUCGGUUGCUAAAGCAGCUGGAUUUGCCCGGGAGAUUCGAGAGAAAUAUCCAGGAAAGAAGCUGGUGUACAACUUGAGUCCAUCGUUCAACUGGAUGGGUCAAGGAUUCGACGACGCAUCACUCAAAUCCUUUGUUUGGGACCUUGCAAAGGAAGGAUUCGUCCUGCAGUUGAUUUCCUUGGCUGGACUGCAUUCCACUGCAACCAUCAGCGCCGAACUAUCUCGUGGAUUCAAAGAAGACGGUAUGCUGGCAUAUGUCAACCUCGUUCAGAGCCGAGAAAAGGCAUUGGGAGUUGACGUCUUGACACAUCAAAAGUGGAGUGGUGCUGGUUAUAUUGAUGGAAUCAUUGGAGCGAUCCAGAGUGGCAGCAGUGGCAGCAAGAGCAUGGGCGACGGCAACACUGAGAAAGGCUUUUAAAAUCUAAAACAUAACCGACCAGGUGUCCGCUCCGACACAAGAGACACAGCUUUACCCUGAGAUCGAUGAAUCUCCCUUUUUAUUGGGCAGUCCUAUCGUCAUCACCACCAUCACCACCACCACUUCAACACCUCACCCAUGUAUAUAUGAGCUCCUCAUGAGAUGCGGAACGAGUUGAUAAGGUGAAUCUUUGGAAAAGAUUUUGAGGUCCUGGCCGAGGCAGCUUAGGUAUCUCGGCUGUAUAUAUUCAAAAGGGCAGGCGAAAUACCUCCCACUUUCAAAUCAACCAGGCACAGCCAAGCAAGCAUGGAGGCUGAUCAGUGUCGAGAGGAUGGAAAGUAGAAUGUGUAGAAAAGACCUAGAACUGUGAGACAACACUCACAGCAAUUGGAAUAUUAUCCCUCCAAGAGGCGGGGGUUAGUCAGCAAGGCUCUCCCCCCUCGAUGAUGAAGUGGGAAGGCCGUUAGACCUCACUAAGUAGAUAGAUAGUUAAGAUACUUAGGCGUGGCAGUGACAAAGAACCUUUGUCAUUUAAAGCCCACUUCACGGCCAAAACUUCUUUGGUACGGACCGUGAGUCUUCUUUACUUGUGUCGUUUGGUUCAAAUUUCC